UAUUAAUUUAAGAGUUGACCUAAAGGUUGUUAAUGCCAGGUCAUAAAAUCCCAAAAAAAAAAUAUUAUUAAUAAUUUCACAGAAGUAAUUUUAACUUACAUUAAUUGUCACUGUUAAAACUUAAAAAUGUCAAACAAAAAUUUAAAUUUGUUCCGUAUAGCCGUAACUGUAACAGUCGUACAACAAUUAGAGACCGAAUUACAAAAUGAACUAGUAACAAUGAAUCAACUGUCACAGUUGAUAAUGUCGGAGUUGAAGCAGAUUACAGUAUUAACAAAUCCCGGCGGAGAAUUGGAGGAUAACGUGAAAAAGAUCAAACAGUCUUGGGAAAAUUGAUGAUCCACUUUCCGACAGUCCAGUAACAAAUGGCCAUACAAAUAAUAUGGCGACAGAGAAGAGAAGCACCUUCGAUUCGGUUAAAGAGUAUUUUAUAGACUAUACAACGAACUCUAACCUUCAUGGUUUGAAGUAUAUUGGCGAAAAGCAGCGGACGUUCCUUGAAAAAUUAUUCUGGGUGUUAAUGUUCAUAUCAUGUGUGCUGGUCUGUGGCUCUACCAUAAUGAAACUGUUCAAUAAGUGGUCCGAAAAUCCUGUCAUCGUAAGCUUUGCAGAAACGUCUACACCUGUGUGGCAGAUACCGUACCCCGCCGUGACCCUAUGCAUUGAGACAAAAGCUAAACAGACCAAAUUCAACUUCACAGAAUACUAUCAUCUAUACAGAAAUGAAAGUACAUUUGCUAAUUUAACAGAAGAGGAGCGUAACACGUUUGAAGAUGUCAGCAUGGUCUGUGACGACCACCUCGCGCCAACCAAUGGACGAGAAACCUCAAUGGGCAAUGAAACAAUUGAAAACUUAAGAAGGCUAUCCCCCGACAUGAAUGACAUAUUCCUCGGCUGCAAGUGGAAGGAUGUACCACGGAACAAUUGCGCUGAUGUGUUUUACGAAGUGCUUACUGAAGAAGGAUUUUGCUACACUUUUAAUAGCCUUGGAGCGGACGAACUUUUCAGACUUGAGAACUUGCACAAGGAUUAUAAUUAUAUGGCCUUAGACCACAAAAAUAUAACUUGGACCUUGGACGGGGGCUAUCCGCCGGACUCACCAUUGGAUUCAUAUCCUUGGAGGGGAUCUGGCUAUGGAGCCAAAGCUGGUCUAACAUUCCUUUUAAAGGCGCACGCUAUUGACUUGGACUAUCUUUGUAAAGGACCCGUACAAGGAUUUAAGAUUCUUUUACACAAUCCGGCCGAGCUACCACGCCUCUCCGAACAAUUCUUCAGAGCACCGCUCUCUCAAGAAGUAAUUGUUGCAGUCAAACCCAAGAUGAUGACAACUUCCGAAGGCUUGAGGUCCUAUGAUUCUGAGAGGCGCCAAUGCUAUUUCCCAAGUGAACGGUAUCUGAAAUAUUUUAAAAUUUAUACACAACAAAAUUGUGAGAUGGAGUGUCUUGCAAACUUCACAAAUGCACGAUGUGGGUGCGUUCACUUUGGGAUGCCGCAUGGUCCAAAUAUGGCCACGUGUAACUCUGGAAAAAUGGCGUGUAUUAAAAAGUCGCAAAUGGAACUGGUGACAGUCGAAAUGAAAUCAGGAAUGGCGGGAGAUGACGAAAACGAUACGAUAAUUGGCGAAGCCCGCGAAGUUGCGUUACGCUGUAAAUGUCUGCCUGCGUGCACUUCCAUAGAAUAUGAAGCUGAGACAUCGCAGGCUGAUUAUGAUUGGAAAUCUCUCUUUAGAGCGUACAAACUGCCAAUGAACAAUGACACAGUGGAAGAAGACGCAUUAUUCGCACGAGUGUUCGUGUUUUUCAAAGAAGCUCAGUUCAUAACAUCACGCAGGUCGGAGUUGUAUGGACCAACUGAUUUUCUCGCUAAUUGCGGCGGUUUAUUGGGGCUCUUCAUGGGCUUCUCAAUAUUGAGUGUGGUUGAAAUCAUCUACUUCUUGACUCUAAGGCUGUACUACCUAUUAUGGAAGAAAAAGGAUUCGAAAAUAAAUGCUGAUCUCAAUAAUAAACGAUUAGCUUAAGCUUUUCACUUAUAUAAAAUUGUGUUGCAUCUUUUUUUUUUUUAAACCAGAAACCAAAACUUUAAAAAAUAUAUACAAAAACAGGAUGACAUGAUGAACCUAAAGCUACGACAAAUAAAAUAUGACUAUAUGAAAAUGUUGUUUUCACUAUAAAUACAUCAUACAUCCUGCCAC